GAGCCGGGCGAGCAGAGGCGCGCUCCGGGCGCUCAGGGCUGAGAUCCGGAGUGAGAGCGGGGCUUCACCUCCGGCCCAGCCUCCUCCUGCUCCCCACCCUGCCCGCCGACCUCUGCCAGAGAUCCGCCACCCUCGCCGCAUCCACGAAAACUUUGCCCAUUGCAGCGGGCGAGCACUUUCCCCUGGAACUUACAACACCCGAGCGAGAGAGAACGCGUCUCUCCAGGAGCGGAGAUCUAUUUGGAAAGACACUUCUCCGGGCCGCUGCCUACGACCCGCUCCUCCGACAGGCGCUCCUUGCCCGGUGUUGGAACCUGGAUUUCCUUCGGAGAGUGGGAAACCCGCAGGCUGCCGCGAUGCCCCUCAACGUCAGCUUCGCCAACAGGAACUAUGACCUCGACUACGACUCGAUGCAGCCCUAUUUCUUCUGCGACGAGGAAGAGAACUUCUACCACCAGCAGCAGCAGAGCGAGCUGCAGCCGCCGGCGCCCAGCGAGGAUAUCUGGAAGAAAUUCGAGCUGCUGCCCACCCCGCCCCUGUCGCCCAGCCGCCGCUCCGGACUCUGCUCGCCCUCCUACGUCGCCUUCGCGUCCUUCUCCCCCCGGGAGGUGGACGAUGGCGGCGGCGGCAGCUUUUCCACCGCCGACCAGUUGGAGAUGGUGACCGAGCUGCUGGGAGGCGACAUGGUGAACCAGAGCUUCAUCUGCGACCCGGACGACGAGACCUUCAUCAAAAACAUCAUCAUCCAGGACUGUAUGUGGAGCGGCUUCUCGGCCGCCGCCAAGCUGGUCUCGGAGAAGCUGGCCUCCUACCAGGCUGCGCGCAAAGACGGCGGCAGCCGGAGCCCCGCCCGAGGGCAGGGCGCCUGCUCCACCUCCAGCCUGUACCUGCAGGACCUGAGCGCCGCCGCCUCCGAGUGCAUCGACCCCUCCGUGGUCUUCCCCUACCCGCUCAACGACAGCAGCUCGCCCAAGCCCUGCGCCUCCCCCGACUCCCCCGCCUUCUCCCCGUCCUCGGACUCUCUGCUCUCCUCCACCGACUCCUCCCCACGGGCCAGCCCCGAGCCCCUGGCACUCCACGAGGAGACACCACCCACCACCAGCAGCGACUCUGAGGAAGAACAAGAGGAUGAGGAAGAAAUUGAUGUUGUUUCUGUGGAGAAGAGGCAGCCCUCCGCCAAAAGGUCAGAAUCCGGUUCCCCCUCUUCGGGAAGUCACAGCAAACCGCCUCACAGCCCGCUGGUCCUUAAGAGAUGCCACGUGUCCACGCAUCAGCACAAUUACGCGGCGCCCCCCGUCACCAGGAAGGACUAUCCCCCCGCCAAGAGGGCUAAGUUGGACAGUGGCCGCGUCCUGAAACAGAUCAGCAACAACCGCAGAUGUGCCAGCCCCAGGUCCUCGGACACGGAGGAGAACGACAAGAGGCGGACACACAACGUCCUGGAGCGCCAGCGCAGGAAUGAGCUGAAACGCAGCUUCUUUGCCCUGCGCGACCAGAUCCCCGAGUUGGAAAACAACGAAAAGGCCCCCAAGGUCGUUAUCCUUAAGAAAGCCACCGCCUACAUCCUGGCCAUCCAAGGGGAGGAGCACAAGCUCCUUUCGGAAAAGGACUUCUUGCGGAAACGACGGGAACAGUUGAAACACAAACUCGAACAGCUACGGAACUCUUGUGCAUAAAACUCGACCUAGGGGCGGGAGGAACUGGACUCCCUCGUGGCUUCUCCCCUGUGACUGAGGGAAAGUGCGGGAGAAGGUUCCUGCUGGCCUCGCCGCAGAGUUCAGUAGACACGAACUUGUUGCAACUGCAUGGUCAAGUGCAAACCGCACAACCGUGGCUGGGUCUUCAGACCGACAGAUUCAGCCAUCAUGUAAACUGCCUCAAAUGAACUUUGGGCAUAAAAUAACGUUUUUUAUGCUUGCCUUUUUUGUUUCCUUUAACAAAUUUGUAUUUAAAAUAAUUUUUUUUUAAUCUCAAUUGGGUUUACCCAAUUUUGCUGUGUAAAUACAAGCAGUGAAUGUAAAUAGCUUUAAUAAGAAGUUUAUAGCAAUUAUACAAAAUCUGUUAUAAAUACAUAAUUUUUUUUAUUUAAAUACAUGUUUCUUUUUAAAGUUGAUUUUUUUUUUAUUGUUUUUAGAAAAAAUAAAACGCCUGGCAAAUAUAAUUGAGCCAGAUCUUAAAGUU